CUCUCAGGUCUGAAGUCAGUUGCUCCUCCUGUAUCCAAAUUCAGGAAGUUGUCUCUGGGAAUUUGUUGUCUUCCUGACAGAGGAGUCAACUCCUCCCAGCUGAAGUCGGCUAGGUUAAUUGUUAGCUAAUAGUAUCCAAUAUAUAGCUAUUUUUAUUCAGAAAAGGGAACGAUGGAGGUCGACUCAGUCUUCUACACUGAUCAUAGUGGAAGAGUCCACAAUAACCCACUGUUGGACCAGCUCCCCAGCUACCAGUCCCUGCUGUACCGCAGGAAGGCAUCCAAUAGUGGCACCAAACGACGGGGCAGCUCCAGAGGGCGAUCUGGUUCGUCUGGCAGCGGGAAAUGGGGUGUGAGCACCGUCAGCCGAAAUGAGGAGAAACUGAAAAGUCAGACGGUGCAGAGACCCGUCAGGGAACUAGCCAAGACCAUGGCGGAGAAACGCAUAGACAUAACACAGCGCAUGGAGGAGGCCCGAGCGCUCAGUAGUUUCAGACAGUUGAGGCAAAGCACCCGCAGGCAUUUACGGAGGCUGAGGGACGAGGCCUGCGCGUGGCUGAACUCGCUGAAGCUCUGGAGGGGAGACAUCCACCUGAUAGAGGGGAUGUUUGGCACAGGGAUCCUGUCUUACUUCUCCUUCCUGCGCUUCCUGGUCACGCUCAACUUGGUCAUCUUUGUCCUCAUGUUCAGCUUCGUCAUGUUACCCCUCAUCAUAGCCCCCCAUGUUUCAGGGAAUAUCACCUACACCCAGAAAAAUGGAAGUGUGUGCAGUGAGUAUUCAGGCACUGCCCGUCGUGGUCUGGUCAACUUUCAUGAGCACGUUACAGAUCUGCUGUCUGGUGGAGGCUUUCUGGAGCUGACCUAUCUUUUCUACGGCUAUUACAAGGUGGACAAAAUACACUUUCCAAAGACCACUUACAAUUUGCCAUUGGCCUACCUGUUGGUCACCAUAGCUUACCUGUUCCUCAGUCUCAUCUGGAUUGUUAAAAGGUCUGCUACUGGAUUCAAACGUAACCUCAUUCAGGAUGAGGAUCGCUUUCAGAGCUUUUGCAACAAGAUUUUCGCUGGCUGGGACUUCUGCAUCACCAACGAAAACGCUGUGAGGCUGAAGAGAAGCAGUUUGCUGUAUGAGCUCAGGACGGAUUUGGAGGAGGAGCGGAUCAAACAGAAAAUAGCAGAUCGCACCCGUAAGGAGAAGUGUCGGAUUUACCUCAUCCGCCUCAUUCUCAACCUUUUUGUCAUCGGCGUACUGGCGGCAUGCUUCUACAGCAUUUACGCAGCCACCAUCUUCUCCCAGAAAGUACAGAUGGAUAACAUAAAGGAGAAUUUCAUCAUGGAUCUCAUCUAUGAGUAUCUACCCUCAAUAGUGAUCACCUUGGCCAACUUCAUCACCCCCCUCCUCUUCUCCGUUAUCAUCAAUUAUGAGGACUACUCGCCUGCCUUCGAGAUCCGCUUCACUCUCAUGAGGUGUGUCUUCAUGCGUUUGACCAGUAUUGGGGUUUUGCUCUUCUCUCUCUGGUCUCAAAUCACUAAAUGUGAAAACCAGCCCUGCGCCUGUGGCUAUAACCAUAAGCUUUACUCUUGUUGGGAGACCCGUGUGGGCCAGGAGAUGUAUAAACUCACCAUCUUUGACUUCAUCAUCAUUGUUGCAGUCACCAUCUUUGUGGAGUUUCCCAGAAAGUUGAUAGUGAAUUACUGUGACUGUGGCCUGGUUAAGUGGUGGGGUCAGCAGGAGUUUGCAAUUCCUCAAAACGUGUUAGAGAUCGUCUACGGUCAGACCAUCUGCUGGAUAGGCACGUUCUACAGCCCGAUGCUGCCUGCCAUCUGCACUAUAAAAUACUUCUUCAUCUUCUAUAUAAAAAAGGUCUCAUUGGUUAACAACUGCCGUCCAGCCACACGUCCGUUUAGAGCUUCCAGCUCCAACUUCUUCUUCCUGGCUGUGCUGCUGAUAGGCCUGGCUCUGGCCUGUGUGCCUGUCACUUUUAGUAUAGCACAAAUAAACUCUUCUCACGCCUGUGGACCAUUUAUUAAUUACAACACCUCCUGGGAGGUGCUGCCAACUACGGUAUCCAAGCUACCAGAUGGAAUCCAAAAAUUACUCAACGCCCUCUCAUCAGAGGCCUUCGCUGUCUCCUUCUUUGUUGUUACAUGUUUGGCCAUGUUUUAUGUGAUCGCACUAGCUGGAGCUCACAAGAGAGUUAUUGACCAACUAAGAGACCAGCUAGCCAUGGAGGGCCGUGACAAACGUUUCCUGAUUCAAAAGCUGUGCCAGGCCCAAAGACUCUCAGCUAUCAAAUCCCCAGUGUCCAAAUCUCAGCCCCGCAGAAGCAGCCCCAGCUACCACACCAGCUUCUCCAACAAUUUUAAUGAAGCUGUGUUCCUGGCACACUCACCUCCAGCUUCCUCCACACAUCAGCUCAGCUGGUACGGAACCGGAGGCAGCGUGCUGAUACUCUGCUCUUCGAGAUAUCAUUCAACCAAAAUGUUGAGAAUUACGAUCCGGGCAGACGUGGGGGCACUUUGGGUUUUAUUCUGUAUCACCUAUUCCCAGUUCUUGACUGUUUCAUCUGAGGACAUUGUGGUGGCAUGCGGGGGAUUUGUGAAAUCAGACGUUGAGAUCAAUUACUCUCUGAUCGAGAUUAAACUGUACACCAAACAAGGUUCUUUGAAAUAUCAAACGGACUGUGCUCCAAUCAAUGGCUACUUCAUGAUCCCCCUCUAUGACAAGGGAGACUUUGUUUUGAAGAUUGAGCCUCCACUUGGGUGGAGUUUUGAGCCGACCAGUGUCGACCUCCAUGUGGAUGGAGUGAGUGACAUCUGUACUAAAGAAGAAGACAUCAACUUUGUUUUCACUGGCUUUUCAGUCUCUGGAACUGUUCUGAGUAAAGGCCAUCUCCUGGGUCCGGCUGGAGUUGAAGUCACACUCACCCCAGCGGGAACAAAGGAGAAACUCCAGAGUGUCAGCACACAGCCUGGAGGAAAGUAUACUUUUUUAAAAGUACUCCCUGGGAGUUAUGACAUCACAGCUGCCCAUCCCUCCUGGACUCUGGAGCAGAGCACCACCUCAGUGCUGGUCUCCAAUGCCAAUGCCCCGGCCGCUGACCAUCUGGUAGUCGGAGGCUACGAUGUCUCGGGGGAGGUCCGCAGUGAUGGAGAGCCCAUGAAAGAGGUCACCUUCCUACUGUACUCUGCCGCAGUCAGGAAAGAGGACGUUGGUGGCUGUAACACAUCCCCAGUGGAUGGGGCGGAUUCUGGGGACAGCUCCCUGGUCUACCUGUGCAGCUCUCUGUCCAGGGAAGAUGGGACCUUUGUCUUCCCCUCAUUAGGCAGCGGCGACUACACUGUGGUGCCCUUUUACCGGGGAGAAAGGAUCACGUUUGAUGUCGCUCCUUCUAGGAUGAAUUUCAAAGUGGAACACAACAGCCUGAAACUGGAGCCCAUCUUCCGUGUCAUGGGCUUCUCAGUGACAGGCCGAGUCCUCAACAGUCUGGGUGGGGAGGGCGUUUCCGAUGCCACAGUGUCCCUCAACAACCAGAUCAAAGUGCUCAGCAAGGAGGAUGGUUCUUUCCGGUUGGAGAACAUGACGACCGGUACCUACACCAUCCGUGUCAGCAAGGACCUCAUGUUCUUUGAGCCAAUCACAGUGAAGAUCGCCCCCAACACACCCCAGCUGCCUGACAUCAUCACAACUGGGUUCAGUGUGUGUGGCCAGAUCUCCAUCAGCCACUUGCCCGAGGGCAUGAAGCAGCAAGGCCGCUACAAAGUCUCUCUGACACCCCCAGGCCAUGACAGCAGGACCAUUGACUCUGACCCUCAGGGGGCCUUCUGCUUCCAGGCCAGACCUGGAGACUACAGUGUUCAUGUGUCGCUCCCCGAGGCCGAGGUGAAAGCAGGCCUGGCUCUUCAGCCUCAGUCCUUGGAGGUCUCCCUUGUAGACCAGCCCCUCACAGACCUACUUUUCACCCAAUUCAUGGCUUCUGUCUCUGGAAAGGUCUAUUGUUUAGCAUCCUGCGACGACCUGUCCGUAACCCUGCAACCAGUGAGUCGGCAGGGAGAGAGAAAGACGGUGUCGCUGCCUGGCAACAGUGACAUCCUCAGCUUCUCCUUUGACGACGUAUUACCAGGGAAAUACAAAGUGAGUAUUACUCAUGAGGAGUGGUGCUGGAAGCAUAAGUCCAUCGAAGUGGAGGUUCUGGACUCCGACGUUGUGGGGGUGGAGUUCAGACAGAUUGGCUACAUCCUGCGCUGCUCCCUCUCCCAUGCCAUUACUUUGGAGUUCUUCCAAGAUGGCAGCAAACCUGAGAACGUCGGCGUGUACAACCUCUCUAAGGGAGUCAACCGCUUCUGCCUCUCCAAGCCUGGUGUUUACAAAGUCACCCCUCGCUCCUGCCACCAGUUUGAGCAGGACUUCUACACGUACGAUACCUCGGCCCCAAGUAUUCUGACCCUCACCGCGGUGCGCCAUCACAUGACCGGGCUAAUCACCACCGACAAGAUCCUAGACGUCACAGUUACUAUCAAAUCAUCUAUCGAGAGUGAGCCGGCGCUCGUGCUGGGUCCCCUGCGGAGCCUGGAGGAGCAGAGGCAGGAGCAGCAGCUGCAGGAGAUUCAACUGCGCCGUCAGGAACGAGAGCGUCGCGCCGCCGAAGAGGACGGAGGUGCCAGGGGCGAUAGCCCUCCUAUCCAAGAGAAGGCCGACGAACUCACAGGCCCCUUCCACUAUGAGUUCUCCUACUGGGCCCGGGCUGGAGAGAAGAUCACAGUGACACCUUCAUCCAAGGAACUACUCUUCUAUCCUCCUGAAGUAGAGGCCACUAUCACGGGAGACUCGUGUCCAGGUCGGCUGGUGGUCAUUGCUGGGCGUGCAGGUCUCUUCCUCGAGGGCAAGGUGUCACCAGAGCUACAGGGUGUGGAGAUCUCCAUCACGGAAAAAGGAACUGCUGCACCACUCAUUACCGUGGCCACCAAUGAGAUGGGAGCAUACAGUGUGGGUCCGCUCCACAGUGACCGGCAGUACGACAUCAGUGCCAGUAAAGAAGGUUUUGUCCUGAGUCCAGUGGAGGGAACCUUGGGAGAUUUCAAGGCGUUCGCUCUGGCUGGUGUCACCUUCAAGAUCAAAUCGGAGGAUGGUUUUCCCCUGUCAGGUGUCCUCCUGUCUCUGAGUGGAGGCCAGUUUCGCUCCAACCUGGUGACCCAGGACACCGGCCUGCUCACUUUUAAUAACCUGAGUCCUGGUCAGUACUACUUCAAGCCCAUGAUGAAAGAGUUCCGCUUUGAGCCUGCGUCUCAGAUGAUCACAGUGGAGGAGGGUCAAAGCCUCAGUAUCGACAUAACUGGCAUUAAGACUGCGUACAGCUGCUACGGAGCGGUGCAGUCUCUGAGUGGGGAUGCAGAGAGGGAUGUGGCCGUGGAGGCAGUGGGACAGGGAGAGUGUAGCCUCUACAGCGAGGACACUGUCACCGAUGAAGAGGGUCGCUUCAGGCUCAGGGGUCUGCUGCCGGGUUGCAGGUAUUUAAUUCAGCUGCGAGCUGAAGGCAACGACCACAUAGAGAGGGCCUUACCCCAACACAGAGCUAUAGAGGUCGGCAGUGAUGACAUUGAAGGGGUCAACAUCAUUGCAUUCAGGCAAAUUAAUCAGUUUGACCUCAGCGGAAACGUCCACACAUCCCCCGAACAUCUGGCAACUCUAUCGGUGAAGCUUUACAAGAGUGACAAUCUGGACAACCCAAUCAACACCGUCUCUCUGGGACAGUCCCUCUUCUUCAACUUCCCUCCUCUGGACAGAGAUGGAGAGAGCUACGUGCUGAUGCUGUACUCCACGCUGGCCCACUCCCAGUACGACUUCACUCUGCCUCAGGUCACCUUCACCUCCAAUGGCUACCACAAGCACAUCACCCUCACCUUCAACCCCACUCGUAAAGUGCCUGACCAGGAUGUUGCCCAGGGCUCCUACAUAGCUCUGCCCCUCACUCUGCUGCUGCUGUUAGCAGCGUACAACCACGAGAAGGUAAUCCCCCUCCUGUUGCAGGUGGUGAACCGUAUCCAGGGAGUGAGGAGCAUGGCCCAGGCCAGCGGGGACAAUGCCGCUCUGGACGAAGCCAAACGCCAGGCCAAGAGACAGAAGGCCAGGCGCACAUGAGGACACAACCACAGCUCACCUCAGACCACAUCUUUGCUCACUAAAAUGUACACUUGCACCCCCAGCCUCGGAGAGCACCGCGGGUAAGCUCGUAGAGGAGACGCUGGUUCACUAGAUAAACCUCUUUAAUGUUUGGAGGGGCUAUUUGUGGGUGCUAGUGAACUAUUUAGCGAGCUAAGAUGUGAUUUGGCCCCGAGUGAAGCCCAGCACGGAUCACUCCAUUUGCAUUACCACCAACCUCAUUAGCCGUUCAGAUGCACUGGACUAAUAGCUGACAAUUUAAAUUUGUCUUUUUUAACUCUUUUCUUUUUUUUUUCAGGACACUCAUUGUCUAAGAAAAUUGUUAAUAUUUGUGAUAGAGUUUGAGCCAUUUUUAUACCUUUGUAAUUUAUCUAGGUCAACACAUUCUUUUGCUUGUAAUUUGAAAGGACUUGAAUGCUUUUGAUUUGAGUCCCAACAUAGUUUAGGACUAUCAGCCACUGUGGAAGAUCAUGAGUCUCACCUCCCAGCAUUUGGGUCAAUUCAGAAAAUACACAAAGGGGAUUUUCAUCCGAAUAUGGCUUUUGAUAAGAUCUAAUGAAGACUACCAGUAUUAACUUAAGGUUAUUUAAAAUGUAUAGUUUCAAUUGAUUGCUAUGGGAUCAAAUAAGGGU